UGGUAUGGACAUGACAAACUGUUUCCUAUAUUGCUUUAUCCCAAGAGUUAUUUGACUAAACUAAUUAUAAUGGAUACACAUGCCAAAUUAUUGCAUGGUGGUUGCUAUUCUGUCCUAUCUGAGCUUCGUAAGUGCUUUUUCAUUCCUAAACAUUUUUCUGUCAUUAAGAAUGCCAUUAAACAAUGUGUUCCAUGCCACAGGUUCAACACAAGAAGCGUGAGAUUGAACCAGAACAGUUAUCGUGAAUUUCGUUCUAGUCCCCCUGCUGUUCCAUUUUCUAAUAUUUUGGUUGAUUUCAUUGGACCAUUUAAUGUUAAACAGGGAGCUGAAAUGAUGAAGGUAUGGAUUUUGUGUUUCACCUGCACUUGGUCAAGGGCUAUUAAUUUUAAGGUCUGUCGAGAUUUCAGUGUGAAAGAGUAUUUGAGAGCCUUUCAAUUACAUGUUUUUGAAUAUGGAUUCCCGCAGCUUUGUGUUAGUGAUCCAGGCUCGCAGUUGGUGGCAGGAGGUAACAUAAUCACUAGCUUCAUCAAUGAUCCUGACACUAAAUUGUAUUUGGAGUCUAAUGGCAUUGAGCAUGUAAAGUUUCAGCAAUUCUUUAAAGGCCAUAGUGAGCUAGGAUCACUUGUAGAGUCUUGCGUAAAAUUGGUGAAGAAGCUUAUUUUUUCAGCUAUUAAAACUUGGGUACUUUCUUUGCCUGAUUUUGAAUAUUUAGUGUGUAAUGUUCUUCAUUUAGCUAAUGAGAGGCCAAUAGCCUUUAAGGAAUCUUUGAGAGAGACUGAGGCAGAUUCUUGUCCAGAGCCCAUAACUCCAGAAAUGUUAGUAAAGGGGUAUGAGAUAGUGUCCUUAAAUUUAAUUCCAGAUUUAGAAGAGGUGCCUGAUGAUCCUGAGUGGAAGAUGAGUAGCAGCCCUACAGAAGUAAUAAAGGAUGAGUAUGCAAAACUUCGUAAGGUUAGGCAUAAUCUUCUAGAAGCUUACCAGAAUGAGUUUUUAAGUACCCUGGUAGCUCAGGCUGUGGACUGCAAGGACAGAUAUAGACCAGUUUGUCACCAGAAGUUGGGCAUUGGUGAUAUAGUACUCAUCAAAGAGCCAAACACUAAAACCAUUAAUUUUCCAUUGGGAAUUGUGAAGGACAUAGAGGAGAAUGAUUUGGGGGAAACUACUGGGGCUAUUAUACUUAAAGGGAAGACUCGUGUGGUGAUUAAAAGACAUGUUACUACUUUAAUUCCUUAUCUUACGGUAGUUCCGGAUGCAUCCUAUCAUUCAGAUAAUUAGGAUAAUCAGAGCUCCCGUAGGUUGUCUAUUAAUGAGAGUUCACCCCAAAGGACUCCCAGGAAAGCUGCCAUUAGGAGCAGAAAUUUGACUAAACUUAUGUUGUAGUUAUAAGGUAUGAUGCAAAUUUCUAGUGGUGAGAAAUUUGCAUCCUGUGCCCUCCAGUGUACAAAAAUAAAUGUAAUUUAUUUUUCUGUAAAAAAUUUUUUUCUGUAAUAUUUUCUCAGUUUUUUCUGUAAUAAUAUUUUCUUACGCAGUUUUGUGUGUUGACUUGAGUGGGGUAAUUUUCGCUGUUAAAUGUUCUGUGUGCAUGACUGUUUUACAUAAAAUGUCUUUACGGGCUUUUUGGAAUGUAGUUUUAAGUAGUUUGCAUAAUGGCCUUAUCUGUUGUUGGGUGGUCUUAAGGACCAAGACAAGCAAUAAUUCUCGGGAACUAAUCUUUGUAUUGGUUUCCGAGCUAACGUGUGAGACGGCGGAGAAAUGGUCGUCAGUGAAUUCUGCUACUUCGACUGCGACUGUAGCUUAAGGGGUUCACUCAUACAACCCUUUUGGAAACCGUGAGUGUUGGGCUGCGAGGAAGAACGCUGAGUGGAAGACAGAUUUAUUAGAAAUGGAUCCUGUCGGCGUUUGUGCUUUGAUUUCGGAAAUGGCUCUUCACUAAAUACAGGCUCUCUCUCUCUCCCCAUCUCUGGACUUCGCAUUCUGCAUGAAGCGCAUGAUCGAUAGAAACCCUUCACUUAAGCCAUACAUGCUUCGCCCUUUAGCUAAGUUCGGCGAGUGCUAGUGUUAAAGUUGGAUUGUAUCGGUCAGUGUUAACCAGUUAUACAGAUUGGGUUGGUUUCCGCUGGUGGGUUAUUAAUUUGUUACUGAUGUUAUAUGUCGAUAUUAUUAUUUGAGAAUAUUUGACAUUGUUGGUCUAACUGUAAUUAGGUCCCUUCCCUCCUUGUUCACUGUAGGUGUGGUAGGCUUACCUGGGUGCAGUAACGACCGCUAAUU